AUGAUAUACAGUGGACACCGAUUGGUGGUGGUAGAUGGGUUGAAUGCCGCUCGGGAAGUCAUCUUAUCUUCACAUUCACAUUCACAUCUCGGGCCACCGGAGUCAUCGAAAACGAAAAAUGACGCGACUGAUGCAGUCCCUCAAAUGCCGUCGAAUUUGCAUCCAAUUUCCAAUCCGCGGGGUCUGCAUCUCUUGGCCCCCCAAUACGGAAAUUCACGCGUCGCCACUGCAUCUGCCCAUUCUCUUGCAAUCACUGCCGAGUUACUUCCGGCUAGGUUUUGGUCGUUGAAAGAAGGAGAUUUCAAUGGUCUUUGUGUGACAAUGACCAGGGAAUAG